AUGCACGUCUCUUCUCUCUUCAUCUUCUUCGGCCUCGUCGCCUCGCUCGUGAGCGGCGUCGUGGCCGAGACCCUGUACCGCGGGGACUCGCGCGGGCCCAAGACCAUCAAGGAGGCCGGGGGCUUCAAGGCCAAGGGCUUCGACAAGCCGGAGGGCACGCUGUUCGAGCCCGUGGAGGGCACGCUGAAGCACCCGUCGCGCGACCCGUUCAUCUCGACGUCGGACGACAUCGAGGUCUCCAAGAAGCACGCGGGCAAGGGGUACCUCUACUUCCUCGACUCGACCAAGAUCGGCAGCAAGAUCCACGACGUGGCGGCCGAGUACAAGGCGGCGGGCAAGAAGUACGGGCACGCGGACGAGAAGGAGUUCGCGGUCGAGCACCUGAUCCCGUGGGCGGCGGUGACCAAGGUGCAGAAGAAGGACAAGGACGGGGUGUGGAAGACGCUCAAGAUGCCCACCAAGCGGAUGGUCGAGUUCCCCGUGGAGGAUAUCUUUGUAGACUGA